GCAAAUAGCACCGAUACUGUUGACCACAGCCAGGAUCCUUUACAGUACAUGCAGUCAAGUUCGCGCGUCCCAACUGGCCGCCUUGGAGAUGGUUUCAAUCCUGGAAAGGUGGGGCGGAAAGAAAGUCGACGACGAGACGACAGAGAGUCACUACAGAAUAACGGAAGCACUCGUGAAGCAGGAAACAAGCCUCUUCGUACCGGCACGAAUGCCAGCACUAUAUCCCAAAGUAGGCCAAUGGAACAGUCAGAUGCCCAUUCUUCGGAUGCUGGCCGAUCUCGCGACGCUGCAAAUAGCACCGAUACUGUUGAACACGACCAAGAUCCUUCGCAAUACAGACAGCCAGGUUCGCGCGUCCCAACUGGCCGUCUUGGAGAUGAUCUCAACCCUGGAAAGUUAGGGCGGAAAGAAAGUCGACGCCUUGGCCAGGAUGGGCGUUAUGAGAGGGGAUCCCUAGAUGCUGGCACCACACUGGGAAGUCUCCCAAACACCGAGUCAGAACGGGGUCUCGACUCAGAAACCGGGGCUGAGGGAGGAUCAUCUUUAGCAGAGUUGAGUGAGUCAUCGCCCAUAGGAAACCCAACGGAUGACUCGGCACCGUCUCCUUUACCUGCUUCCUCUCCUUCCCAAACACGACCUGAUACGCCUCGUUCUUAUGGUGUCCGUCACAAUGCCCGAGGCCAAGGUCUAGAUCUUGGGCUAGUGCCUGAGCCCUUGAAUACGGGUUCCCAGGGGACGAGAACAAGCUCUCGUGAUCACGGGCCUAUCAGCCUGGAUGACAAGACUUCCUCGCAGAUACAGAAGAAUGCUCGUGCUUCUAAACUUUCAGGACAGUCUCUAAAGUCAACGGCUUCUCUUGACCGAAAGUACGGUAAGCACAUUGUCGAUGUGAUCAGGACCAAAACGAAAGCUGGCGCGACAGCCAUCAAGUACCUCGUCUCGUACCAAGGCCUGGAGCCCGAUCAAGACGAAUGGCUCACGCCUACGCAACUAGGCGACGACUUCGCAGAUCUCCUGAAGGCCUUCUACCAACGUAGUCGGCCUGGUUCUGAAUCAAGUGACACCGACGGUGUCGGUUCUUACCUUCUACUCCCACGGCCGAGCCGCGACGGCCGAGCCUCGCAUGGUGGUUCUUUCGACAUACACAAUGCCGUCUCGGCGCCAGAAGGAGCCGCCUCUCUCCGCCCUCACCAUCGUGCAAAGGGCACCAGGGGGGAAGAAACGAUAGUUCCGACUCGACAAGCCCAUCACGAGCAGAUCAGAGUCCCCACGGCCGUUUCCAUGUCAAGACGCCCAUCCGAGUCCACUCAAGCUUCUCGAGGCGGGAACAUGCCGCACGAUAAUGACAACCAUAGUAUCGGUCGGGCUACAGGUCGCAAACAACCAAAGGUCCAUAGAAUGCUACCCGUGGGCAUCAUGACGCCUCCCGCCAAUCCCAACUCCAAACAGCAGCACCCACGCCCUAUCCGCGCCAUUCCUUCGGUGGGCUACAUCGGCACCAGUCGCGAAGCACCCGCUGAUCACCAAUGUCCCUGGCGAGAUCAAUACGCCUCGGAGCUAUGGAAUCUGCAACAACAUCAACAGCCGAGCGGUGGUGGUGCUUACCCACUGUACGGUCAUGGCCGCCGCAUGUCACACAAUUAUGUCCAAUACGGCCAUACGCCUGCACUCGUAGACCCGUCAUAUGCUUUGGACUCGCGAUAUGCUGCUGCAAAUCUUGCUCCCGUCACCACCGGCCUGCCGCAGAUCUUGGUUGGCGCUCCUGGUCCUGGACUGCAGCAGACGCCCGAUUCUUGGAUCCAUCAGCAGCAGCACUAUUGCGCGGGUCACGAAGUACUCGAUGGCGCAAUGCUGGUACCGCGACAUGGCAUACCGUACCCGUAUCCUCACAUGGACUCCCCCCACCGAGUAGACGCAAAUGCAGCUGGAACUGCCCUCCAAACGACCGGACUCUGGGUCCCGGAUACGGCUUCGUUAUCUCAGUCUCAGCAGCAGCAGCAGCAGGUGGAAACGGACUCAUUCGUGAGCGGGAGGGCAUCAACCCACCAACACCAACAACAAGGAAAAGACGACGAGGAGGAUCGGGGGAUGGAAGUUGGGCUUCCGCAAGUGCAGGGGUUGACGAUCGUGAUGCAUGUGCGUGGCAAGGAAGAUGUUGUUGUCAAUACGGAUCUGAGCCAAGGGAUUACCAGCGGACAGGGCACCUUGGAAGAUCACAAUACCUUGGACAGUACGACAGAGUAGGAGGAUUUGGCGGCAUGCGGUUUAGUCUCUCUUCUUCCUAAUUAACCAUCGACUAAAUAGGUAGUUUCUCCUCCAAUCGAAAAUGAUCCCUAAAUACAAUUUCUUUCUUCUCGUAUAUGUAUCAAGGCAGUGUAUAUCAAUGUCAGCCUGAUGGAUCUUGGUCCCAUACCAAUUGGGCCUAUCCAUAUCAGUGUCUUACGCAACGGGCGCCUUAACUGAGAUCGGCCAUCGAGUUCUGGGACCCGGACACG